GUUAAAAAAAAUGAAAAACUCUUAAACCCUGCAAAUCUGCGUCUCCUUCGUCGGUUCGUCGCCGUUUAUCAUCUCGAUUCCGAUCGAGCACGGAGCUAAGCUCCGGUGAUGACUCUUCUACCCGGAAUUCGAUCAUCACACAGGCAGUCGAUCUAGUAACUACCAGUCAGCGCCGUCGAUUUUUCCGGAACCCAGAAAUGCCGAUGCACUCAGUACUAAUCCAGAAACUCCUCAGCAUAAAUGCCCACCUGGGGAAGCGCGUGGCGGAGAACCACUUCAAGAUCUACUCCGCCGGCACCCGCAACGCCAUGACCAUCAUCGACCCCGACAAGACGCUCAUCUGCCUCCGCAGCGCCUGCAAUUUCAUCGGCAGCCUCGUCAGAAACAGGGCCCGAUUCAUCUUCGUCAACACCAACUCACUCUACGACGACAUCAUCGACAACAUGACGAAGACCAUCGGCUGCCGGAACGACACGUCCUGGCGUCUCGGAGGCUUUUUGACGAACAGUUCGAGCCCUCGAAAGUUCCGGGGCCGCAACAAGAAGCUCAACCUCACCGCCGUCCAUCCUCCCGAUUGCAUCGUGAUUUUCGACUCUGACAGGAAGUCUUCUGUCAUUGACGAGGCUGAUAGGCUGCAAAUUCCGGUUGUCGGGCUAGUUGACUCCAGCACGCCAUGGGAAACUUUUAAGAAGAUCACAUACCCUGUGCCUGCGAAUGAUUCUGCCCGAUUUGUCUAUUUGUUCUGCAAUUUGAUUACCAAGACGUUUCUUUAUGAGCAGAAGAGGUUGAAUGCUGGCAAACCCGAAACUCGAGAGGAUGUCCAAUUAUCCGACCAAAGCAAGACGGAUAGCAAAGACAAUGUAUUGGUUCUCCCAUUUGAAAAGUUAGAACCACUCUCUGAGGAUCUUUCUGACAUUAAACAGCUGUUGGACAAACUUGCUAUUUUAAAAUUCAUUGGUAGUGUGGGUGGAGAUAUGGGCCUCAAUGAGCCUAAAUGUACUUUUGAAAUAACCAAUGACACAACUUGUUUGGAUGUAAUUAUCAACAACAUUGAGUCUCUCAAUUUGAAAUAUGGAUGCAGCAUUCCCUUGCUUCUGAUGAACACAUCUAACACAGAAAAUGCUAUUCAGAAGGUAUUGGAAAAGCAUUCUAAUAAAAACGUCCACACUUUUCUCCGGAGCCGUGAUGAAACUAGUGAUAGAGAUCUGCUCAAGAAUUCUAAGAAAUCAAGCCAAAGGCAUAACUUAUACCCUACCAACUUGAGAGAAGUUUUCAUUUCCUUGAAGAACAACGGGAAGCUUGAUGGGCUACUAUCCCAGGGUAAAGAGUAUAUUCUUGUGGUGCAGCCCGAUGACCUUGGCAAUUUGGCGGAUCCAAGAAUCCUAAGUCAUCUGGUUAGGAACAACAUCCAAUACUGUGUUGAGGUGUUACCUACCUCUUCUGGUGUGGAAAAUUCUGAGCUUUUGGCUCAAGAACAAAGAAUCAAGGCGGGGCAGUUGAAAUCUACUAAGAAGCUGUGGAUGAAUUUAAAGCUCAUUGAAAAUUCGCUUGCACGAAGAACUGAUAAGAAUUUCUCACUUUCAGAGUUUCUUGACCAACCACUUGCUAUAGCUUUGCCAAUGUCAAGAUAUCUUCCACUUCGAAAGACAUCAGAUUUACUCCUUUAUCGGUCAGAUCUUUACAGCAUAGUGGACGGCGUUAUGGUUCGAAAUAUUGCCAGGGCAAACUCUUGUGACCCUUCUAUUCGAUUGGGGCCCGAGUUUGAGAAGGUCGGCGAGUUCCAUAAUCGCUUCAAGUCCAUUCCUAACAUUGUGGAGCUUGACAGCUUGAACGUGACUGGCGAUGUUUAUUUUGGAAGUGGAAUCACUCUCAAGGGGAAGGUCGUAAUAAAAGCAGCGCCACAAACAAAGAUAGUUAUCCCUGACGGCACUGUUCUUGAAAACAAGGUUAUCAACAGACAAUCUGAUGUUUUAAGUGCAUCCUUGUAAAUCAAGGUCUGCAAAAACAUUAGUAACCCAAUGAAACCGCUGCAUUUUUCGUAGAGUUCCCAGAUUAGUAUUGGCUGGUUUGGUUCUGGUGAAUUCGACAUUGCCAUUCAUGUUGAAGGGGGGCCGAGACGCAGGAUUACGUUGUACCAACUACAGUAAUAAAAAGUGUUAUUUUUUUCCUUCAAUUUUUUAGUUUUGGUUUGGUUCUUCUGGGACUCCUUAUUUAACAUCCUCAAGAUCUUCAGUGUUGGACAAGUCAUAUAUAUUGUAGCUUAGAUGUAGAAAAGUUAGUGCCAAGUUUGUUAAAUGGGAAUCUACUACUAUACCAAUUCUUCAAUUUCCUUUUUCUUUCACCAUUCUCUAGAAAAAAAUCAUUUUUCUUUUUCUGAUUUGAGGUCUAAAAAAAUUGUUUUUAUUUACGGAGUAAAAUAAAUUGUAGUCAUUUAU